AUGUGUUGCUUGCCUUUUUUCACCUUAACACUUAUCAACCACUCUCUUUUUACUGUUUUCUCUAUCUAUCUCAGUCCUUCUCUCAAUUUUACUCUGAAGAUCUUUUCCCUAUCUCUCUCUCAGUCUGUUUCGAUAUAUCUUACUCUGUUAAUCUCUCACAUAUUCAUAUCUAUCUAUCUAUCUAUCUAUCUAUCUAUCUAUCUAUCUAUCUAUCUAUCUAUCUAUCUAUCUCAGACUAGUCAUAUCUAUCUAUCUAUCUAUCUAUCUAUCUAUCUAUCUAUCUAUCUAUCUCAGACUAGUCAUAUCUAUCUAUCUAUCUAUCUAUCUAUCUAUCUAUCUAUCUAUCUAUCUAUCUAUGAUAAUAAGCAAACGCAGACUUUAAUUAUCCAUUUCUGUAAAGAGAGGAAUAUAGAAAUUAGAAUUAAUUAUCUAUCUAUCUAUCUAUCUAUCUAUCUAUCUAUCUAUAAUAUAUAA